CAGUUGUUUUGAACGCUGCAUUAACUUAUACUCAUGCGUUGUAAAAUCUGGAAUACGUCAGCAACGCCUUGGCAGAGGAACGUGCCCAGUGUGUGACCACACUACACUCAGUGCAGGAAACCACAUGGUUGUGUAUGAGAGUUGUGGGUGGGACUGAAAAGACAUCAGAGUUUUUACUGACACGAGAUGAACCGCAUUUCUUAUGUCAUUCAAAAAGUUGGAUGGGGACAUUGCUCCUUUGUGUGCACUGAUCUGAAUAAAAGUACAAUUGAUCAGGUCAUGCACUUACCGCUUAGUGGAGUAGGUUAUGACAAUUUUUUAUGGAUUACAAAAAUAAUAUUACCUGCCGUGACAGUGUCACUGUCUCUUCCGGAAAUCUCUAUAUGUCCGCGGCAAUGUUCUCGGCGGGAGUUCUGGGCAAUUUAAUCGCCUUGGUCCUUUUGGAGAUGCGGCGCCGGCGGCAAAGUCCAUCCCUGUUCCAGGUGCUGGUGACCGCGAUGGUGUUUACGGACCUACUGGGUACUUUCUCCGUCAGUCCUCUCGUACUAGCCUCUUAUACACAAAACAGGACCUUGGUGGGUAUGAGUGAAAACGGAGCAGUAUGCGCCUAUUUUGGGUUCAGCAUGACUUUUCUAAGCCUCGCCACUUUGGCCAUUCUGUGCGCCAUGGCUUUGGAGCGCUACCUCUCCUUUGGACAUCCGUACUUUUACGAGCGCCACUUGAGAAAGCGCUGCGGAUACAUCACCAUUACACUCAUCUACCUGAUCUGCAUCUUUUUCUGCCUAGCACCUUUCGUGGGUUUUGGAGAUUACGUUCAAUAUUGUCCGGGGACUUGGUGCUUCUUUGACAUGAUCCAAACCGAGACCAAACAAAAAGUAUACGUCGGUGUGUAUGCGUCAUUGACUCUCAUCAUGAUUUCGACCACGGUGGUUUGUAACUUAUCUGUCGUCUCCCACUUAAUUAUGAUGUAUAGGAGGUGUAAAGCGCGCCGCGGUGGUUUUACGCGACGGAUACGGUUCUACCAAAGAUCCCUCUCCAUGACGGAGGAAGUGGAGCAUCUUCUGCUUUUGGUGUUCAUAACGGUGGCUUUUGUUAUCUGUUCGUUUCCUUUAGUGCUCCAUGUGUUGGUCAACCUCACGGGCGUGUCAAAGCCGAGGUAUGGCAAUGAUCUUGCUGCUCUCCGCCUGCUGUCCUUCAACUCCAUCAUCGACCCCUGGCUCUUCAUCAUCCUCAGCCCCUCGGUGCUGCGCUUCCUCUGGAGGAAGCUGACACUGUGUAAGCCCCCUGAGGCCCCCACAUUCCACCAGGAAAAGCCUCUCCCCGUUGGGCUAAAACUCUCUCCUCCAAGCCCACCCAUGGAGCUCCAAAACAACGAAGUACAGAGACAUUGUGUCAUGCAUAUGGACCAGGGGGCCAAUGGCCCACUCUAGAAGCAAUAUGGUAAUGGGACCAUCAGGAGCCUAAGUGGACACAGGAAGUGAUUUGUCAGACUAGACAUCCACUGGUUGAAGGGACCCGCUUACACAGUGUGUACUUGCAAAUAAACAUUUAGUGAAGUGCAGCAUUUUCACUUACUGACCUCCCAUGACAGGAGGUUGGAAUAGAUUGAGGAAGAGAUCAGAGGUGUGGACGGAUGCGGUGCUGACAUGUGAUACCCACACAAUAUGGAUUUGGAACAGGACUUAGCAUUUUGAGAAUUCAUUAUGUGUCUAUUUAUUUUAUUGCUUCAUUAUAUUUAUAUACAAGCUUUAUGAUCAGCACUUCAUAGGACUGAAAUUCUAAUUUGCCCAAACUCCUUCUGGACAAAUGGGUCCAGUAUUUACUGUAUUUAUGAAGGUCAAUAAACAUGAUCUAAUCUUAA